AUGCUGCGUAUCAAAUCAGACACAUCAACUCGUGAUCAAAAAUAUGUGGCAUUAAAAUCAGUUGCAAUCGUUUCAAAAAUUCACUCAUUUGGCGCCGAUGUUAGUAUUACACAAUUAUUUAGAAAUGAUGAAAAUCAACCAAUCGAAGCUGUAUACUGUUUUCCAAUCGAAGAAAAUGCUGCAAUCUAUUCGUUUGUAGCAAAAAUCGAUGAUCGAGAAAUUCGUGCUCAAUUGAAAGAAAAAAUUCAAGCACAACAAGAAUAUACACAAGCCUUACAACAAGGUCAUGGUGCUUAUCUUAUGGAACAAGACGAAAAAUCACAAGACAUAUUCAUUAUCAAUGUGGGAGCACUUCUUCCUGGGAAAGAAUGUCAAAUUCAAAUUACGUAUGUAACUGAAUUGGAUCUUGUUAGUCGAAAUAAAAUUCGUUUUGUUGUACCAACAACAAUAGCACCACGCUAUAAUCCGUCAGUUGGUCGCUUUUCAUCUCCUGCUGGUACACAAGCAAAAUAUAUUCAAUCGGCACCGUACACAGUCGAUUUCCAAUGUCAAAUUGAUCAACUACGUGGAGAAAUAACGAGUGUUUCAUCGUCUUCACAUCCAAUUGCAAUUAAAUUUAAUGACAAAAAAUAUGAAAUAACAUUUGGUCAAAAGAAUACAUUCAUGGAUCGAGACAUUAUUCUAGAUAUUGAACUCUCAACUCAAACAAAUACAAUUUUAGCUAUUGAAAAUAAUAAUGAGCAUCAAUGGGCCUUAAUGACAUCAUUCAUACCUACGAAUGAAGAUUGUAGAAAAGCAUUUAGUACUAGCAACAAUAUCGACGAUGUUAAUAAUGAAUUUAUUUUUAUUGUUGACUGUAGUGGCUCGAUGCAAGAUGAAAAUAAAAUUGGUCUUGCUCGUCAAGCAAUGGUUUUGUUUCUCAAGAGUUUACCAGUCAACUGUCAAUUUAAUAUUAUCCGAUUUGGAUCUGAUUAUAGAACAUUGUUUAAUAAUGUGACUGAAAAAUACAAUGAACAAAAUUCAAGACAAGCCGAACAACUGAUUUCACAAAUGUCAGCUGAUCUGGGUGGAACUGAACUAUUGAGACCAUUGCAAUGGUUACAAAACCAGGCACCUGUUGCUGGUCAUUCUCGACAAAUAUUACUUUUGACUGAUGGAGAAAUUUCCAAUGUUACCGAAGUAAUGAAUCUUUGUCGAUCAAUGUCAACAUCAUCAAGAAUCUUUUCAUUUGGUCUUGGUCAUUCACCAAGUCGAUCGUUAAUUAAAGGUCUUGCUCGUUCAACGAACGGUCGAUUUACAUUUAUUCCUCCAGGAACAAGUGUCGAUAUUCAUGUUGCUGAACAACUUCAGAAAGCUCUUGAACCAUGUAUUACCAAUGUCAAAAUUAAGUGGAAUAUUUCUUCAUCAACAUCAUCCAAACUUCAAACUAUUCCAACUGUUGUUCCACCUGUUUAUGCUAAUGAUCGUCUUUUAUUUUAUGCCUUGGUCGAAAAUAAUCAAUUCGACCAUUUCACAACUGUUGAACUCUGGAAUCAUGAAGAAACAGUUCAACUUGGAUUAGCAAGAAUCGAUCGUAUACCAGAGACAAUAGACAAAGAUAAUCAAUUAAUAGCCCAUCUGGCAGCUAAGGCUCUGAUUCAAGAAAUUACACAUUCGAAAGAACAACAUCCAGGAUCUAAACAGCUCAGAGUUCAACAAAAUAUAGAAGAUGAUAGAAAAAAGCAAGCAAUUGCUAUUUCAUUGAAGUAUAAUAUUCUCUGUCCAUACACAGCAUUUAUUGGUAUUGAAACACGUACAGAUCCAUCAACCAAAAAUGUCAACUCCAACAUGGUAUUACGGGAGAUUCCAAUCGAAAUAUCAGCGGAUGAUAAAAUUAUGACCAGAUUACCAUCUUUAUUCGGUACGUUCGGCUCUUCAUCAAUUUCUAACUUAAACUAUAGUAGCUCAACGUCUUGCAACUAUCCUACUAUAUUACCACAGCAGUCGGAAUCAGGACCUUUUUAUCCUACAUAUUCCAAUAAUCAACAACCUUUUCAAUCAUCUUAUUCAACUGCAAUACCACCACCACCACCAACAUGUUCUUUUGGUGCAUCUCCAAGUUAUUUUCCAUCAUCUUUCGGAUUACCACAACAACCAUCGUUAUUUGGUUCUACUUCAUCGAAUGAUUCACUACUAACUGACAACUGCGUUAGCUUCUCUUUUGCAGCUCCAAACAGUGGAGGAGUAAAUUCUAUAUUUUCAUCGUCAAUGACUGAACAAAAAACAUGGCCAUCCAAUGAUCAAGAUAUUGUUCGUCACUUGAUCAAUUUACAAAAAUUUGAUGGACUUUGGAAUUUAAGCAAUGAUGAUAUUCAAAAUCUUUGUCAGAAACCUUUAACAUCUUUUCAUUCAAUUCUCAGUAACGAUUCGACUAUUCUAACAACUGCCAUUGUAAUCAUAAUCUUAGAAACUAAGUAUAGUGCCUUUAAGACAAUGUGGUUAUUUAUGAUAAACAAAGGAAGAAAACGUCUAAUAGAAUUGUUGGGUGAUGCAGAAAAAUUUGACAGAUUAAUCGAUGACAUCAAACAUCAAUUGUAA